ACAACAACAACAACAACAACAACAACAACAACAACAACAACAACAACAACAACAACAACAAUAACAACAACAACAACCACAACAACAACUAAUUACUACAUAACUAUUACAACCAUUUGUUUCUUUCUCUUUGUGCCACUUUCCAUUGGGAAUGUAUUUUUCUUCUGCCUAUCCUGCCGAUCAAAGUAACGAUAACAUUGGUUCUUGUUCAACUUCAAAUUCAAAUAAAAUUUCUAAUCAACAGCGCUCCCCAACUACUAUUGCUACUAUACCAAUGCCUGAACCAGAAAGUAACGGAUCAAAAAAUCACCCCAAUGAUACUACAACCCUUGCGUCCGAUGAUGGCCUUUACACCAUUCAAUAUACCGAAAGUGAUAAUGCCGAUGAUUUAACUGAAGGGCACAUGAAUGAUAGUAAAAUGAUUGUCAUGGAGCAUCUUUAUGUACAAGUUUCCCUUCGUUUAGAUGUUUUCUGUAAAGUUAGUGAAGGUGGCCUGUAUGAGUGUCUUCAUUGUCCCGAUGUGUGCCCAUCCAUUGAGGAAUUUAAAAAACAUUAUAAAGACAAACAUUUAGAAACUUUUUACGAUUGUACCAAAUGUGGCUUUUCUACUUUAUGCCAAGGAACUAUGUCCGAUCAUGUGUCACGUUACCAUGAUAAUGAUGCCUCUCUAGUUAAAAGGAAACUUAUCCGUAAAGUAUCCGCUGGAUCUGAUGAAUAUCAAACCUCAGUUCAUGGAUCAUUUGUGUGUCAAACUUCAAACAAUAAAUCAAAGCCUCCUACAAGUAAUUCCUCCCAAAUGGUUGAUAAAACCGAUUCCCAUAAUAAUUCACCUAAACCUGAAAUAAUAGGUCGCCUUCCUCAUCUUGAGAGAACAAAGGAAAAUGAAUUGGACAGUGAUAUUGAUAAAAUGGAUCACGAUGAAAGUGAUGGUUCAGAUUCUGAAGGUCGUAAUAAUGAUUCACGCCAUGAAUGUAAAGUGUGCCUACAAAAGUUUACCCGUUCAGAGAGAGUCCGUGAACAUUACGAUGCCAUACAUUUGAACAUGGUUUACAUUUGUUGUAUCUGUGGUUAUACCAAUCGAUGGAAAAGAUCUGUCAUUCAGCAUUUAAGAUCAAAACACGAGAAAAGUCCACCCUACAAACACUUAAUGAUCAAAAAACGGGUCGACAAUAAUGACAAUAAUAAACAACCAAAUUUUGCGAAUCUACAAUCUCAAGCUCAAAGCCGUAUUGACGAUACUACUCCAAAUUUAUCACCUUUCCAUGAUGAUGAUGAGGAAGAAGAUGAAUUACAAGAAAGGAAAAUGAUCCAAAUGGAGGAACAAUUUCAUUCGGAUCUAAAUGAUGAAAUUGAAGACUUGGAAGACUUGGAAGCUGAUGAUUAUGAUGAAGGUCUUGAUGCUGGCAGUGAACAUGAACUUGAUCUCUCGAGAAACUCUAUGUCUCAUCAAAGUGCGAACCAUUACAAAUCAAAACAAGGACCAACUGAUUUUGUUCUUAACAAUCAGGGUCAAUCGCCAUAUGAAACCCUUUGGACCUGUCGAAUUUGUGGUUUCUCUCAUAAAUUUCCUCUUAUCAUGGUUAACCACCUUAUGCUUUUCCAUAAACUUUCCCCACCGUAUGACCAAUAUAUUAAGGAAACGAAAGCUCCAAACAAUGUUAGCCGUCAAUUGUUGGACAACUUUUUUCCAAAACCCUUAAUGCCUUCCAAUAACCAGAAAGGUGGUUACCUUAAAGAAAUUCUUGAUCUAUCAACAUCACAGUACAAUAGUAACAACAAUUCACGUUCCAAUGAUGAUUCUACCAGCUCACCUUUUGGUUUCUCUUUAAACUCUUUUGCCAAGUCUUCUCAAAUAUCAUCUUCAGCUCCAGUUGUACAAAACUUUAUCUGUAAACUGUGUGAUAAAUCAUUUGAUACCCUUCGAGGUCUCAAAGAACACACUGAAGGUAUGCACACUGAUCUUGUUUGGGCGUGUAAAUUGUGCCCUUUUACCGAUAAAUGGCGUCCCCAAGCAAUUUCCCACUUACGAAAUACACAUAACUGCCAACCGCCUUAUAAUGCUCAUUUAUCUCGACGAAGUGCCAACAAUUCAAUGGCUUUAGUCGCACCACCGUCCUCUGAUCUAUUAGACCAAAUAUCUCGUCCACAAUCCUCUAGGGAUUCUGAAUCUCACCUUGAUCUCCCAUCUACCAGUAACGGUUCCAUUCAUAAACAACAACUACAACUACAACAACAACCACACCACCAUCUUAAUCAACAAUCAUUAUCAGCCCUUUCACUUCAACCAAACAACAACAGCUUUGAUCAUCUACCCCCUGGCCUGCGUCAUUGUAAGGAGCCCAAGAUGAGCUCGAAAGAGUGUUACACAAAAUUAGCCAAUGACCAAUAUCAAUGUACAAAGUGUAACAAAACCUGCGGUUCAGCUCAAGGAAUUACUGAACAUUAUGAAGCCUUUCACCUGGGUAUGCUUUAUUAUUGCCAAUUAUGUGACUUUACUGAUGUUUGGCGAUCCAUGAUGACCAAACAUUUAAGACAAAAGCAUCAGCUUGGUAAACCUUAUGAUGAAUACUUAAAACGAGCCAAAAUGGAUUCAACAACCAAACAAUUAAUUGACAGUUCAAUGAUGGACAGUUUUCGACGUCGAUCAAAUCCAAUGAAAAAUUCUCAACUCUCACCUGAGGGAACAUCGUCUUCCCACCUUCCUCAUCUCAUUGUACCUCAAUUAAAGUCACUUAUGCCUCAAGCCUCAGCCAGUAGUAACGGCGGAAGUAGUCAACUUAAAACUCCAAAAACUCCUCUUUCUAACGGCAGAUCCUUGAUUGCAACCCCUUCAAAUGGUUCAGUGCCUAUGGCCAUAGGAGAACCGUUAAGUAUUGAGUCAAAAAGUGGUUUGCCUAAAUUACAAUCUAGCCAUAAACAAGAUUCUUCCAUGGGUAAACAAUAUAUUCAUCUUGAGAAUCAGUUGAAAUGUAAACUAUGCGGAUCAGUAUUUACAUCCUUACAAGGUUUCCAAGAGCAUUAUGAAGCCAUACACUUGGAUGUUAUUUGGACUUGUCGUAAAUGUCCAACCUCGUUCAGAUGGAGACAACAGUUGACUAAGCAUUUGAAAUUAAUCCAUGAAUGUGAACCACCCUUCAAUGAAUACAUGUUAAAAGAGGCUGGUAGCCAUAAAUUGAAGAAACCCAUUCCUGAGAAAUCACCUCAUGGUGCUUAUGCUCGACGUGCCAUUUUACCAAAGGAAGAGGGUGACUCGAAUGAUUAUAAAUCCUCUUCCAUGACCGAUGAUCAGGAAUCGUCUUCCCAACAGCCUGUAAUGAAAGACACCGAUGAACAACAACUCUCAAUGAUGGACAGUAUCAACAAUGAAUCAAAUGAUGAUGAUGAAGAUCUUGCUAUUGCUGAAGAUUUAAGCAUGAGUGACAACGCAUGAUGAUUUAUUAUAUAUAUUUAUUAUAUUAUGAUGAUGAGAGCAACAAAUGUCCAAACAAAACCAACAAACCAACAAAAAACAGUAAUGGUGACGAUGAAGAUGGAAGACAAAUCCAACUUAUAUAUCUAAUAUUAUUAUUAUUUAUCAUCAUCAUCAUGGUGAUGAUUAUAUAUAUAGUGUGUUAACGACACUGAUGAUUUUAAAAAAAAAAUACUUUCGAGGUUUCGAACUCAACAAAUUUUUUUUAGAUAAUCGCCUUCCGUUCAUCGUGCCAAUUGAUGAUCUCUAUUUUUCCCUCCACAAUUAAGCUUAUGAUUUUUGAACCUUUAUCCUAAACACAAACACAAACUUAUUAUGUCACAAAUACAAAAAGGUAAUCAACAGAUUAAUCACACAAAUUAAGGUAAAUUUAAUCACAGUCCAAACAUUUAACUUCCAAAACAAAAAAUUAUAUAUAUUAAUUAAAGGUUCAAAAUCAAAGCGACAAUCAUAGUUAAUAACAAUUUGUAAAUCGUUGAUCAAUCAACAGUAUUUUUUUUUCCUUCUCCUGUUUGAUUGAAAUUUUUUGAUCAUUUGAAAAGUUCGAGAAACAAUUAACAAAAUGAUCAAACGAAAAGUUUUCUCUUUGUUCAACAAUUUAAACUAAAUUAGUGAAAUUUACACACACACAACAAUUUAAAAACCUCUUCCAACUUCAUCCAUCAUCAUCGUUGAUCCAAACUGAUUGCAUUAAUAUAAUAACAACAAUUUAAAUUGA